AUGUCUAUGCUCAAUCAAAUGGUCGGACUAUUUAUGUAUUAUGCUUUUCAGACUAAUGUUAUCUUCAUUGAUCAACAAUUAAUAAAAACGAAACGUAGCAGAAAAAUGAUGAUGAAAUUACUCGUCAUAAUACUUCUGUUAUCAUCAAUGGUUUUAACAAACGCUUUGAACUGUCAAUGUCAGUGUUGUCGAUACUUUGGACGAGUUCAUUCGACAGACAGUGCUCAAUGUGCAUGUACACCAACGAAUCUAGGCAAACCGUUUGCAUGCGGUGGUACAAGUAAUAUUUGGUCUCCUCGUCAUUGUAUUAAACUGGUUCGGCCGACUUAUAACCCUUUCACACCAAAUAUUUGUUGUCAAUUUAGUACUGUUUCUUAA